ACAUUGAAGUUGACACUAUAAAUCUUCAGGGCACUCACCUGCUCUGUUAGAGUGACUGACUUGCACUUGGAAAUGAAACGGACUCUCCUAUUGUGGAUCCUACUUCUAAAUGCCUCGCUGAAGGCCUCAGACAGCCACAGUGUUCAGGUGCAACAGGAGAAGGAAAAGGACUAUGAGGUGGUUCGGCCUGUCAGACUGCACACAUUAAGAAAAAGAGAUGCUGAGCAUUCCAGACCCCCCGUGAUUAGAUAUGCAAUGACUGUGGGAGGAAAAGACAUUGAAAUGCAUCUAGAGAAAAAUAAUAAACUUCUCACCAAAGAAUACAGCGAAACGUACUAUCAAGAAGACGGAACUCAAGUCACCACAAUCCCCCAUGACAUUGAUCACUGCUACUACCAAGGAAAGAUCGUCAACGACAGUGAAUCAUCUGUCAGCAUUAGCACUUGUGAUGGACUCAGGGGUUAUUUAAGAACAUCUGCCCAAAAGUACGUGAUCGAGCCCUUGUCUGGCAGUGAUGAGGGAGACCAUACACUGAAAACCUUCAGUGAAGAAACGGCUCCACCUCCAGUGUGUGGAGUUACCAACAACAGUUGGAGCGAGGACUUCGAACCCCCAACAAGCCGAAUUCAAUCCAGAUUCGGGGGUAGAUCUAUCGUCCAACAACAGAAGUACAUCGAGCUCUUCCUUGUUGCUGAUAAUCGAGAGUACCUGAAGAUGAACAAAGACAUGCAAAAGCUGAGGCAGAGGGUGUUUGAAAUCGUCAACUUUGUCAAUCUGGUCUACAAACCCCUGAAGACCUUCAUCGCUCUGGUGGGUUUGGAAGUUUGGUCGAAUGGAGAUCUAAUCGCCAUUACCAACCCGGCAGGACAAAAUCUGGAUGCUUUCACAAAGUGGAGGAACUCCGAGCUGAAAAAAAGGAAAAAUCAUGACAAUGCACAUCUCAUCAGUGGCAUCGACUUUGAAGGAUCAACUGUGGGUCUCGCUUUUGUUGGAACUUUGUGCUCAGAUCACUCAGUUGGGGUGAUACAGGAUCACAACAAUAACGCCAUUGCAGUGGGGGCCACGCUGGCUCAUGAAAUGGGCCACAACCUAGGAAUGAACCACGACGAUUCCAGUGCCUGUGCUUGUGCUGGAGACAGCUGCAUAAUGGCUGCUGCCCUCAGCUGGAAUGUACCUCGCUCUUUCAGCAGCUGCAGCAGCAGCACCUAUGAGCGCUACCUGACAGACCGCAGCCCCAGCUGCCUGCUCGACAAACCCGACUAUAAGAGCUUGGAGACACCACCAGUCUGUGGAAACGGUUUCAAAGAGGAAGGGGAACAGUGUGACUGCGGCACGCUGAAUGAGUGUACAAACCCAUGCUGCAACGCCACCACCUGCAAACUGACAGAGGGGUCACAAUGUGCUGAAGGACAGUGCUGUGAGAACUGUAAGAUCCUGCCCACCACCAGAGAAUGCCGUAGGCAGCAGGACGACUGCGACCUGGCAGAGUACUGUGACGGGAAAAGCAACACCUGUCCGGAGGACGUCUUUGCUGUGAAUGGGCUCCCAUGUGACAGAGGCCUGGGGUACUGCUACAACGGGCAGUGCCCACAGAGACCUAACCAGUGUGUGAAGAUGUUUGGAGGAAGUGCCACUGAUGCCUCACGUUCCUGUUACCACUUCAAUACCAAAGGACAAUACUAUGGCUUCUGCAAACGCCCCUCAAACCAGGUGUACAUCCCCUGCCAGCAACAAGAUAUUUUGUGUGGAAAGCUCUACUGUGAAGGGGGCAAUGAUAACCCAAACUAUGGCCGCAUGUUCACAAUCAACAACUGCAAGGGAUCUUUUUCUGAUGAUUACACCAAAGAUUAUGGACAAGUGGACACAGGCACUAAAUGUGGCGAUGGAAUGGUUUGCGGUCAGAAUGAGUGCAUGGAGCUUGAAAAGGCUUACCGAAACACAAACUGCUCUGCAAAAUGUGCAGGACAUGGAGUCUGCAAUCACAGAAGCGAGUGUCAGUGCGAGCCGGGAUGGUUACCGCCAUACUGCAACAUACAGGAUGGAGAGUUCCGUGCGCUUUCAACUGGAGCAACGGUUGCUAUUGCACUGCCGAUUAUUCUAGUGAUCUUAGGGGUCGUUCUUGGUGUAGCAGGGUUCAUGUGGAAAAAGCGGCAAGGCCCCGUACUACCAAGCACACAUGUUCAGAAGAAGAAGGGACCUGUGAACAACGCUCCUCCAUAUGUAAGCAAGCGGCCACCCAGCGGUCAGCCUAUGCCUGUCAGAGAGGCUCCAAGGAUAAAGCCUAAAGUUGCACCACCACCACCAGUAGGGAAGAAACCUGCCCCCCAGAGUCAAAGUUAUCUAGCAGCACGACAGGCUCUGAGACCAGUUCCUCAUCCAAAGGUCUGAUGUAUAGAUGUAGCAGCUGUUAUACCAGGGGGGGGCAUUUUUCACCGUCCAUCUAAUUCACGGGGCAGAGCCUCUUUUUACCCCAGCAAGCAAAAACUGGACUGUUACGAUUGUGCCACAGAAUCAGAACUUCAUCACACUUUUUUUUUUUGUUUUUCUUUCCUCUUCCUCCUCCCGUUUUACCUGAAAUGUCAGCCAUACGUAGGUUUCUGUCAGAAUGUUGGAACAGGAGCAGUCCGCGCAAAACGGUUCUAAUCUUCAAACGCUUGGCUCGCUCAGUGAGCGAAGACGCUCAGAUCGUCUUGGAUUUGACAGUGAAAUAUUUCUAGCUGUCUAUAGGGGUCAUGAGUUUGAAUGUUGUGGGACAGCAAAUGUGUCUGAAAAGGUUUGUUUUUAUCACAUGUCAGGUUUUAGGGGAAAAUACUGUGAAACCAAUUUUUUGUAUUUUUUAAAUGUUUAUAAAAUAUCUGUAUUUGCAAAGCUGUACAAUACAAAUUGUGUACAUUUGCAGCAUUUUAGAAUUGCAGCCUUUUAGAAAUAAAUGUCUUUAAUAGUUUUCUUGAAAUAGUGAGUAAAUUAUGUUGAAAAUGUCUGCUGCUGAUUUUUAUGUCAUAAUCAAAGCUUAAGACUGAAACACGUGGUAAACUUGUAAGUUAAUAUAUUUCAGUGUAUCUUGUAAAUGCAUAUUUGUACAUUAAACAUACUUUAACAGUU